AUGUGCAUAAUCAAAAGCAUAUCUAACAAUGUAAAGUCUGAGCAAGAACUUGAAGAAACAGCUCAACCAAAUAAAGCAGAUAUAGACAUUGACAGUAUAGUAAAUAGACUAGCAGAACUUAGUAUCAAUCAGGUUGAACAAGAAAAAUUGAAUCGAAGUGAAGUUAAGAAUAUAGUUAAGAAUCUUGUAACUGAAACU